AUGAGCAGUGGUAAAUCAAAAGAGUCUACAACUCCUUCAACAGCGUCGUCACAUGUAACCACUGGUGCAAAGAAGAAACUGACAGAUCAAACAAAAUUUACCAAGCUGAGUAGUAAGCUGCCCACGGCACAGUUUAACUUCAAUUCCACUGCAUCUUCAUUGCAAAAGUCGGUAACUAACUUGGAAAAAGAGUCAACAAAAGCCAAAUCGUCUGUCUUGGCGGCAAGUGUCACAUUGCAUUCACACUCGCAUGAAGUAGUCUACAAAAUUUUCACCUACAUUGUCAUUAUCCUUCCAACUUUGACAUCCAUAGUGUUCCCCAUCAAUGCCAAAGCUGUCCCUCAAAAUGAGCAAAUUGGAAAUUUCAUUAUUGACUUGUUGACUGUAGUGUUAAUUAGUUGGGUGGUUAGAUUUACCCUUGAAUGGCCCUACAACUGGAUGAGAGAAUUGGAAUCAACAAAGACAAAGCUACUUCAACAGUUGAAUGAAGACGACUUUGCAAUUGAGCACACCGACAAGGUGGUUUUAAUGGUUCGUAAAAUCAAUACUUUUCAAAUUAUGGCCUUGGUUUGUUGUUUAGUAUCCUCACUUUUAAGUUCAGUCCUACUUAUAUGGACUCGAAAGUAUACCAUUAUUGACCAAAAACGGAAAAAAAUGGUGUUUAACAAUGUCAAUAUUGCAUUACUUCAAUUUUGGUCCAUUUUUAGAAUAAUCAUCACUUUUACCGAUUCAUUGCAAUACUCAUCAAUAACCAAUAAUGGGUGUCCCUUGCAAACACAAGGCCUAAGCUUUCAAACUUGGUUUUCUGAUUUGAAACAGUACUUUUUACCCAACUUGACAAACCAGAUCUUGUUGGAUCAUUUGCAAGUUCAUAAUAAACAGUUUGAUCGCAUGAAGUUGGAUUUGGUUAGAUUGCAGAGAGAAUUGGAUAACAGAGAGCAAACUCAGAAUCUGAAACGGGAGCUCAUUCGUCAGCAGAAGCAGCAGCAACAACAACAACAACAGCAGCAACAACAACAAGAAGAGAAUGGGUUUCCAGCUCCUGAUAAAUCUCAAUUACGAAUCAAGCAGCACCAAAACAACAAAUUGUGCCGAAGCUUANAACAACAACAACAACAACAACAACAACAACAACAACAACAACAACAACAACAACAAGAGAAUGGGUUUCCAGCUCCUGAUAAAUCUCAAUUACGAAUCAAGCAGCACCAAGUGCCACCUCAACUAGUCUUGUCGCUGCAAGAUUGUUCCAAAAUAGAACAACAAAUUGUGCCGAAGCUUAGCGAUUCAAUCACGCCAUUUCCAAUGGGAUUACCACCUUCAAAGAAUGUAUCAAUGUUUUCCCCAAGACCGAAUGACCUUGAUUAUUUUCAAUUUGCACCCACACAUUCGUUACACAAACAACAUUCUUUUUCGCAAACAUCUUUGAAGACAAUUGUUGAAGAAGAUGAUUUGAUAUUUGAGUCCUUGGAGACGCCAUCUUUCAAUAGGUUUAACCAAGUAAACCACAGUUUCCCAAACAAGACUAUAUUGGAAUGCACAAGGUCUGUGUUGAAAGCGAUUAGGAAUGAAAUUACAAUACUGGACUUAUUCAGUAACCCUAGCUCGGUUAGACGAGUGUUGGUGAGUGAGUUGGCCUUUUUAAUGAAUGAAUACAAGUCAAGUGAUAACGAGAUAUUCAAGGUGUUUGUCAUGGAAGUGGUUGACAAGUAUUUGUUGGGGAUAUAUGUUCAAAUUAUGGGACACUUGGCCGAUCUAGUAAACCAUCCUUUCCAACACUUGGUGAGUGCAAUCAUAUGGAUCAAUUUCAAGCUACCAAUCUACAUUGCUAAACUAUACUUUAGGUUCCUUUUGAUGUUGCCUUAUUUGCUAGUGCUGUGGUUCAUGAUCAGACCGGUAAAGUUUGUGGCUUUACAGGUGAGUUUUGUAUUGAGAGCUGCAUUCUCUUUAGUUUUGAUCCAAAUUACUAAUGAUAGCUCAUCUCAGCCUGCUGUUGUACCCUCCGAUAGGAACCAGGUGUCACCUUUGUCUCAAAAACCAAACUGCUUCCACCCAAUUGCUAAAUUAGACAAGCCCCUCGCUGACCCUACUCAAUUCACCAUGAAGCAAUUCCAUCUUUCGCCCGUAUUGUCAAAAGAUGAAUAUUUCACCAGAAAUGUUUCUGAACAGGAGAGCAAAGCACAGGCCAAGUAUAAGAAUGCCCUGUUGAUUUCAAUUACUCCAAGUUCAUCAAAAUCGAGUAGUGGUAUUAGUAAUGGCAGUAUACCUAGACAGAGUCCUAAACUAAAUAAUCCAGUCUUAUACGAUGAUUAG